CGCCCCUAGCCCGCCCCGGGCUUCACUCUGCAGCCGCUAUGGGCUGGGCUGCCCCUCUCGGGACCCUGCUGCUGCUACUUCUGCGGGUGCCGGCUGCCCGCGGAGCGCCCGGCUCCUGGGGGCUGGCGGAGGAGGAGAGCCUGGAGCAGCAGCCGGGGUACCGCGACCCCUGCAAAGCCGCUGCCUUCUGGGGAGAUAUUGCUUUAGACGAAGAGGACUUGAAGCUGUUUCAGAUAGACAGAACUAUUGAUUUAACAAAGCAUUUGGAUGAGAAUACAAGACACACUACAGGUUCUGUGGCCGCAUGCUGGCUUGGGCGUCUGUGCUCAGAAGGUUCCCCGAGGGGCAUGGGGGAGAAAUCCUUGAGCUCAGAGACUUGA